CCCGACUUUCGCUGCUGUUCGCUCCCUAUGCUCAUAUUUGGAGUUGCCUGGGCAGCUAGUGCCCAGGAAUUUCCCGUCAUGCCUCUUUGAGAGGCUGCUAGGCCUGUCAUUGCGCUGGGCCGUGGGGGCGGCCGGGGAAGCUGACGGGGGAGUUGGCGCUUUCUGCCAGAGGCGGCUUCUUCGCUCUCCUGCUUUACUUGCCGCCUUCAUGCUCGCUGAGCUUCCCGCGCUGCUGAACUUCUCUCGGUUUGUGGCGGCUGCGGCGCUGGUGGCAGCUGCUUGACUCACAGACUUUGACACAAGCCAGAUGGCUGCGAUUGGUAGUCGCACAGGCUGCUUGGUACUACAAUUGAUGAAAAAGAAUAGGAAGACGUUUUAUGAUCAGCUGCGGGAGCACAAUAAGACUGCAGCUUUGCUAGGGUCAUGUAGGGAUAAAAAGAACUGUAAGGUGGUAUUUUCCCAGCAGGAACUGCAGAAGCGGCUGACACCCUUGCAGUACCAUGUUACUCAGGAAAAAGGGACUGAAAGUGCCUUUGAAGGAGAAUACACACAUCACAAAGCUCAUGGAAUAUACAAGUGUGUUGUUUGUGGAACUCCUUUGUUCAAAUCAGAAACCAAGUUUGACUCCAAUUCAGGUUGGCCCUCAUUCUAUGAUGUGAUUGCUUCUGACAGAAUUACAUUCACGGACGACUACUCCUUUGGGAUGCACAGGGUUGAGACAAGCUGCAAUCAGUGUGGUGCUCACCUUGGUCACAUUUUUGACGAUGGGCCUCGUCCAUCUGGUAAACGAUAUUGCAUAAAUUCAGCUUCAUUGUCUUUUGAGUCUGCAGACAAGAACCAUAAUGGAGAAGGAAGCAGUAGUUCUACUUCUGCCCAACCAGACAAGACAGAACUGUAGAAGGAAGAUCGUUCUUCACAAUGCUUAUUUUCCUAGAUCUUAAAAAGAAUAUUAUUCUAAAUUGCCUUCUAUCUUGUAUGUUUUUUUAAAAAAAAACCAUGUAGAUAUUCUGCAGUUAGGUUUUUUUGUGUAUAAAAAUGAGGCCUUAUGUGUGCCAAUGUAUUUUUGUUAUAUAACCUCACUUAAAUAAUUGUCAACUUAAUGUAUGUGCUGUGUGGAAUCCCUAACAAAAGAGUGGAACUAUGGUGAUGAUAUCCACUUACUGCUUUGUCACAAUAAGUUAAAAUAAUGUCACUCCUUCUUUUUGAAAGGCCAGACUACAGUUCCCCAUCAUUUGUUGCAGAACUAUAGUAUAUAUAACAGCCUCUUGACACCUUAGUACUUCAAUCAUUUUGGUCUGAUUUACAUGGCAUAUGUAGUCAACCAUCUCUCCGUAUGGCCUUGCACUAGUUAGUGUUUAACUAACAUACUCUUCCAUAAUGCAGGUUGGUUGAUGGAUCAUAUCCAGCCUGUCUCUUGGUUGAGAUUUCUACAGAAUCCCACCUCUAUAUUUAUAGUUAGGAAACUGGUAUUUCAUAAUCACCUACCCCCCCCCAAUUGGUGGAGGCAGAGAAUAAGCUCACUUGUGUUGGGGCCUGCCAAAGCAUAUAGCAGGCUUUCAUCCUUUUGUAAGUCUAUUCCUUCCUUUUGCAACCAAGUUGCAAUCAGACUUUCAAUGGAUGUGGAUAGAAAUCUGUUUAUUUUAAGCAGUAGCAACGAGCACUUUUAGAGAUUGGGUCUAUCCGCCAGAAGUGGUUGAAGGCUAAUAGUAGGUUGCUUGUUUUACUAUGUCUCUAAUUAGGUUCCUGCAAAAAAAAAAAAAUCGAAGAGCCAAAGAGGAUUUUCACUUUAGUCUGAGCUAGUUGUUUUGUGGGUCAUGCCUUGGAGACUGCAGUAAUGUUGCAUCCUUGGCAAUGUCACUAAUUAGUGCUCUUCUUUCUGGUCUUGUCCUGGGAAAGUGAAUACCUCAAUAGGUAUAAACUUUCCUCAUUUCCCCUUACUAUGUUUGGACAGGCAUUACAAGGGAUGCUGUUCCUUUUCUUUUAUACAUAGCUAUGGCUAACGUGCUAUUACAAGCUCCAAGCUACUGUGACUACUCAUGUGAAAAUUUACAGUUGGUUGUGUUACUAUUUUUCAGCUUCUAUGUGCACAGGCACAUAUACAUUUGAGCAUAUGUACAGCAAAUGUACAAAAUGGACAACCAAAACAAGAAAUGCAGCAAAAGAUAGGCAUGCCCAUAAAGCAAUAGAGUAGCAUACUGAGGAUGCAUACUUUACAUGUUUUUAAAAUGUAAACUCAUCUCAAGGUCUUUAGUGAAAUCAGAUUAUAUAUUUUAAGUCUUGCAAGGAAAUUACCAUUUACUUUGUGCUGAAACUUCCUUUCUUUUUUACACUUUUGGUUAUUUUUCUCUCUCGAAAGGGCUGCUUUGUUGGAAGAGAAAUGAGUUUUCUCCUAUCACAUUUUCUGUUAUAAAUUUCUAAUAUGCAACAUUUGUAAAAAUGUGGGGCGUACAUGCAUUUUACUUCUCAGAUCUCUGUUGUAGUUAAGGGAUAUUGAGUUUCAGCAUAUUUCUGUCUUGCAUUAAAGAAAUAUAUUACUAAAACUUCAAUGAGCAAUAAUUGUCAGCUGUCCAUCGGUAGAUUUAUAGUUGCAGGAUAUGGAAUGCAAUGAACUAAGUCAGCAUGGCUAGGUUUAUGUGAUCUGUAAGAGUGUAACACCGUUAACAGAUGAAAUCCAUUAUUCUUUCUUGGUAUGGAACACUGAGCAACAGUUUUUGUACUGCUCAUGCCAGUAGGGGAUACAAACAUGACUGGUAUUGUAAAACCCAAAUGCAGGUCACUUUUUUCAUGUCCUUGGCAGAGUAUCUCAGAAGAUGAGCCCAAUAAAGAGGUAUCGAGUCUAUUGCUAGGACUUUAUUCCUUGUAUUGUAUGGAUGUGUACCACUACUGAAUGCAAAUUAUAUAAGAACAGAGAACUGUAUUUUAUAGUAUCCUGUCUAUAUUAUAUACAGGUUUGCAGAGCUUAAUAUAUAUCAAAAGUUACUUAGAGAAAGAGAAAAUUAUUUUAGCAUAUACCAUUUUUAAAAAUUGAACUUUUCCUCAGAAUUAUUGUUUGCUUUUAAGAUAUCAGUGUUGGAUUUUUCAAUGAAGGUAUCUUGUAAUAU